AUGUGGUUAUUAUUAUAUAUAUGUAUUGGGUUAUCUCUUUGGUAUACAGCUUCAUGUCAGAAUGUGUCUGACAUCUGUAAAUUCCACUCACCGUUCUCGUAUCCUGAUAAAAGACUAAUCACGCAUAACCACAACAGUAAAUUGUCUGACCGGUUUCUGCGAGCGGGUUGGUACGGAAAGGAGGAACAUAUGAUACCAUCUGAGCCACCGGGUGCUGGACAAUGUGGUACAAAAUAUCCUAUAUAUUUACAAGAGCGACCCCCAAAUUCUGGUGCAGUAGAAACGGUAACAGCAUGUGUCCAAGCUGAUGAUGAAUGUCAACAAACUAUAGAAAUUCAAGCAGUCGUAUGUUCACCAACAUUGACAGUAUAUAAACUAGCCAGACCAUCUUUAAAUGGUGCAUCUUACUGUUUAGCUCCAUCCAUCGAGGGGGAGUUUCCGGAUUUCAAAACCAAGACUAUUAUUGAAUAUAAACUCAAGGAUGUUGCCUUGCCCGACAAUUCCAAUAAAACACGAAAAGAGUAUACAUUCAUGUGCGCUUUUGAAGAUCCUGACGACGUGCGGCUUGUAUAUAAAACACAAUGGUUUGUAGAUGAUGAAAGUGUCUAUGAUUCGCCAUACACCGACUACAAAGAUACAGAUGGGCUACGGACCUUGACUGAUACUAGAUUAAAUGCCGGUGGAAUUACCACGGCUGGUUUUCAGUUACGAUGUGAAGUUCGACCUGGUUUUACUGCUCAUCAAUCUCGUAUAGCCGGCUUACCGUCACGAAGUCCAAGUAAAUUUAUAGGAAUUGAGGUCUUGAACAGUGUGAUAACCAUCAGUGAAGGUGCAACGGCGACAAUUUAUAUUAGACCAUCAGUGGAAAUUGGAUGUCGAGAGAAAGAGGGAUGUGAACUAUCUGUUACUGCUGAUAUACCAAAUGUAGAGGAAAAUGAAAAACAGUGUCAACCGACAGCAGUAGCAAAUGGUGGCUGUGGUGUCAUUAUUGAGACUGAAAACUGGAACGUGAACAGAAAUUUAGAAAUAUCAUCAACAACUACUGAAGAAUUCGGUCAGGAUUCUAUACAAAUGAAAAUAUUUCUUCGAACCGACGACGCAUACUUUUCGCAACCGCUCUGGGCUAAUUAUUUUCUUACUCCGGUUACGAUCAAUAUACAGAAGAAUACAACAUUGAUUGAAGGCAGAAAAUGUGGUGUUCACAACGACCCUUAUGUUGAUGAUUUUAAAGGAAGAAGGCUCACGUUACAACUUGAAGGUACCUAUACGUUGUUUAGAAGUGAGCGAAAUGUUGAGAUUCAAAUCCAGACAGAAGAUUGUUCAGGCGUGAGAACGGGAUAUUGUGUCUGUGGUGUUGUAGUAAGAGUUGGAAGAACUGCCUUUAUGGUCAACCGCUGUAACCUAGGCUACUGGUAUAUUGACUAUGUACUAUGUGAUGAUGGUGCCGAUAUUCUAGAUGUCAGAAAACGAUCUGAAACAUAUUUUCAGAUGUAUUUGCCUAGUGGAUCAAAAGUUGAUCUUUCUCUGAGAAAGUCUGGAAGCCUUAAUUGGUUAAAUAUUGGUCUAUUUCCAUCAAUAAGAGAUGUUGGUAAAACGUCUGGUCUAUGUAACGAACUAAACGCGGACAUAAAUAAAAACGAUGACUUGAUGGAGACCAUCCCGUUCUUUAAUCAGUGGAGAGUUAAAAAAGAACAAAAUAUGUUUAUACCAGAGGACUAUGACUCCAUUGAGGGGAUAGAUACGUCAGGAACAUUUCAGCAUUGUCGUUGUAAUGACCAUGAUGCUACUGGAGCUGUUGGAAAGCUCAACUGUACUCGCAUUAAUAGUGUCACACCAUGUGUACAGGAUACAGAUUAUACCAUGUUCCAUAAAAAGAGAUGUAUAUCACCUUUGCGAAGAAAACGGUCUGUACCAGGUUUUUCGCAAUCCAAUAUCAUAAGACACAAACGGUUGAAAAGGUUAAGUGGAACUGAAGCUUUUGCAUUGUCUUCCAUAUCCACUGUUAGUUCACAAUGUCUAUAUGAAGCCAGAAUGAAUCGAACUCUAAGAGAAGAAAAAGUGGAAGAUAGUAAAUCUCUUCUGGAGUUAGUUAAAGAAGUUUCUUGCCCUGGAGAGUGUUCAGAUCAAGGACGAUGUGCAAAAGGGAAGUGUAUCUGUAACACUGGGUAUAUUGGAUCCGACUGUUCAGUAUCUCUCAAUGAACCACCAUUAGCCCACAAUCUAGAGGCGGAAGGACAUUGUGAUUUAUCAGUAGACGAUUGUACUGAAGUGGCUGUUUUUGGUGGAAGAUUUGUUGAGCAUGAAAAGACCAAGUGUCAACUUAAUCCUUUUGAGGUUAACCAAUAG